GGCACAUCGAACUGCAUUCUCGUCUUGGAAAUCAGCUUCACCUAUACCUCUCAUGGCCAACACCGAUGUUGAUCGUGCUGAAAAAGCAGCUCGAGCAAAGGACCGUUUGAAGAAGUUUCAAGCGAAGAAGAAGGCCGGUGCCAACGCUGCCGAAUCUGCCACUGGUACCCACGUGCCUGUCACUGAAGAAGGAGCACUCGCAUCACCAUUACCGGCUCAAUCAGAGCAUGUCACCUCACCUGUUCUAGACACGUUACCAGCACAACCCGAGCAUGCCAUCUCGCCCGUGAAUGACACAUUACCACCACAAUCCGAGCAUGCCGUUUCACCUGUGAAUGACACACUUUCUGCGCAGGCGCCUCCGCAUAAUCAGCUUCCAAUUCCCAUUCCUACAGUGGACCACCUAGAAACCCACCUAAACGGGACAAAUGCCAUCUCAAAGCCCUCUCCAUCAGAAGCCGCUUCUCUCCGUACAAACGACGACCAGCAGCAGACAAUCACACUGCUUGUAAAUGAGAAAAGUCUGCUCAAUAGUGAAAUCGAAGAUUUGAAAAGGGAAAUGCUGAAGCUACGAGGAGAGAUGGGCGAUUCUGAGAAACUGGCAACCGAAAGAGCUGAGGCUUUAGAAAAAGACUUCCAACAAGCCACUGCUUCCGUUACCCGCCUGGAAUCCGUCGAAGAACAGUUCAAAGACGCCCAACAGACCGUCACCCAUCUUCAGUCCGAGCUCGAGCGAAGUUGUGCCGAGGUAGCCGAGCUCCGCGAGGCUCACGAGAACGGCAAAGAUGAGAUUGCUAAAGAGUACGAGACCAAAAUGCGCAUGAAGCAAACCCACUCCGAUGCUCUGGAGAGCGAGCUAUCCCGUUUACGGAAUCAAAUGAAAUCUGUUGAAGAACAGAAUAAGCAAAAAGAAGCGAACGCCGAAAAACUGACCACUACCAUCAACGCACUUCAAUCCGAACUCACCGCGUCGACUUCCAAAGCAGAGACUAUCCAAACUUCUCAUGAUGCCUUACAAACUUCCAAUGCUCAACUUCAAGCUACUAAUUCUUCUCUUCAAAAUGAAUUGCAAAGCUCUCAAUCCAUGCUCGAUGCCUCAAAAUCCCACGCUUCAUCUCUUGAAUCUAAACUCUUGUCACUUCAAAAAAGCAACCAAGAUUUAUCAUCACAGAUUGCAGCUUUUGAUCAAAAGACACUUGAAUUCAAUGAACGCAAAGACUCACUACAAAAAGACAAUCAAUCACUUUUACAAAGCCUCGAAGAGCUCAGAGUCAAGACAGUUGAGCUGACGAACGAGAAACUGGAGAGCGGCGAAAAACUAGAAGAGGCUCAAAGGAUGAUUCGGGAGCGCGAAAAGGAGUUGAAGACCACGAAAGACGAACUCAAAGACGAACGCUCGAAGCUCGAAUCGAAGCAAGCUGAAAGCCGAGCUGCCGACGAGGUGAAGCAGGCUUUAGAGACUCAACUUUCGACUAUUGAAAGUGAGAAGUCAACCUUGGAACAAUCGAUCGCUCGACAGGAGGAUGAGAUUGCACGCCUCCGUGAAUCGACCGAUUCACUCUCCAAACAACUUCAGGACAAAGAAUCAAGCUCUAACUUGCUAGUUGAACAACUCUCAGCCACUGAAAAAGAGAAAGACCGUCUCGAGACUGAACUGAACGUCUCACAGACGAGCUGCGCUAAAUUGGAAUCGGAUACGACCGAAGCUUCCCAAAAAUUAGAGAAAACUGUACAGGAUUCAGAGAACCUUCGGAGCAAGCUGGAUACGCUUUCAGCAGAGCUGAACGCUGAGCAUCAGGCGAAAGAUCACCUUCGACGAGAGAAGGACAAUACGGUUGAACGCUUGGCGACUUUGCAAACUCAACAUGAAACCCUUGAAAUCCAAUUGAAGGACACUGACCAGCAAUUACGUGACCUUGAGACAUGGAAGAAUGAGCAUAUUCAACAGACUGAACAACUUCGUCUUGAGCGCGAGAAAACACUCGCUGACCUCGAGCAAUCCAAGAAUGAUUCUGCCCAGUUCGAGUUAAAACUUUCGGCAGCAAACAAUCGAAUUGAAGACAUUCAGCGCAACCUCGAACUGAAGAUAUCCGAAGCAAGUGACUUGGCAGCCUCAUCUGAAACACAGAGAGCUGAAAUUGCCGAAAAAGAUACCCUUCUGCAAGAGUCCCAACAACAAUCCAAGAAGCUGUCCGCCGACUUAGCUGAGACCAAGGUUAAGUUUGAUCAAGAGCUUACUGAAAACGCCGAGCUGUUACGACAAGCCCGCGCUGACGCCAAAAACGAAGUUGACACCUGGUCAACUCGAUUUCAACAACUUUCUGAAGAGUGUACAUCUGUAAAGGCUUCUUUGUCUCAAUCCGAAGAACGCUGCCAAACUCUGGACGAGCAAGUCGCGCAAUUACGCGCCCAACUGGUUGAAAAAGAAGAUCUUGCAAACAAAGAGUCGGCUCGAACAACGGAAACUAUCCGAGCCAAAGAGGACGCCAUCCAGAUGUUGAAUUCCGAGCUUCAGACUGUUCAAGCUAAAUCCAACGAAGAGAUCAAGUCAUUGAAAGGAUCAAUAGCUACCCAAGAAGCAUCUAAUCAUGAGUUGAAAACCUUGACUGAGAGUCUACAGGCUCGCUUGGAAUCAACUGAUCUCUUGGUUGAAAAACUCCGAUCAGAAGCCAGUCAAUUGUCAGCUGAGCUGGCAGAUUCGCGUUCCGGUCUCAGUGAAGAAAAGCAAAAGUCGUCUUCAAUUACACAAGAUCUAAGCGCCACCAAGAACCAUGUCACAGAACUUGAGUCUGAACUUUCCACGGCAAAUGAGACCCUCAAAGAUUUGACGCUUUCCAAAGAACAGGCCGCCUCAGACCUCCAGAACUUCCGAGAGAAAACAAAUCAAAGUCUAGCUGCUCUACAAAACGAAGUUAGUUCGAAACAGAAACAAAUGGACUUGAAGGACGAUCAACUGAGCCAGGUCCAAGCAAAUGUAAAAGAAUUUCAGGAAGAGAUCGCGAAGCUAGAGCAAGAAAAGAGUGUCUUGAUCAAAGAAAUGGAGGCUGGCAAGGCAGGUGAGAAUCGAGUAUUAGAGUUAUCAAGAACAGAGAUUUUAGAUUUGAAACAAAAGUUGCAAAACUUGAAGGAUGAAGAAGAGUCAGCCAAACGUGAUUUGAGUCAAACUAAACUAGAAUUCGAGCAGAAUGAUCAAGUGAAAGAGAGUGAAAUUCAUCGGUUGAAUGAUGAAUUGAAAGCAAUGAAAAAGGCCCAAGCCGACUCGAAGGAUGCGUUAAAGAAGAUGACUGAUGAGAAGGCAAAAACGGUGAAGGCGUUGAAUGGUAUGAAAGAUGAAAAGAAUAAAAUUCAAAAGACCAAAGAGCAGCUUCUGCAAACCUCUGAAGCCGAUAAGGGGAAGUUGGAAAGGAAGCUUGAAGAUCAAACUACUCUCAUCGAUAAACUUUCAUCUCGACUGAAACAAAGUCAACAAGAACUAGAAUCAACGAAGACCAACUUGCUUCAAUCAAAUCAAGCUGCCGAACAAGACACGAAGACAAAAACUGAAGAAAUCAGUCGCCUGACAACCGAGCUACAGGCGGUCAAUGGUGCACUGAAAGAUCAUCAAAAGGAACUAGAAAUCUCUGCGCAGCGAUCUGAAGAACAAUCCCAAACCUUCCAGACUUCCGAAACUCAAACCAAAGCUGAAAUCGACUCUCUCAAAGAACGGAUCGCAACCUUGACAACAACCAACGAACGUCAAAUGCAAUCAACCAAUGAAGAGAAAAAGCAGGAACUUCAUCGCAUUCAAACAGAACUGCAGAUCAAGGACGAAGAACUCCUCAAUGUAAGUUCACAGCUUGAAGAACAGGCUCGAAUUCAUGCUCGCACACAUGCGGAAGUCCAAACCCAAUCGGCCAAAUAUAUCAAUACUAUCCAAGAGCUGGAAGAUCAAGUCACAUCUGUCAGAGCUGAACUUACUCGAACACAGGGCGAAUUGGUCAAUCAAUCAGGACACGUAGACCAAGAUUACCUUGAUUCGAUCUUACAACAACAUUCAAUGGACCUUUCCAAUGCACGCAGUCAAAUCCGGAAUUUAGAGACUAAGGUGUUCGAAGAAGAGUCUAAGUCUCAUGAAAUGCUGACACGCAUUGGCGAUCUUCAAGACCAAUUGAGAGGCGCCGAAGAAGCUCUCAAAUCCAAAGCAUCAUCCCUUCCUCUAAGACUCACCGAUGAAUUAGGGCGUCCUGAUCAACGUGUACCUCCUAGUGUUUCAAUUACUCCGACUUCCCCAUCUGCCAGCGCCAGUCAGUCAGCCGGACCAAGUGGAUUAUCAGCUUCAUCUAGUUUUGCUGAUACGAUCGAUGAAAGGUCUCUUUCGGUUAAAACUCGACAUCAGAGGAAACAAAGUUUGAAUUUACUUAAAACUCGUAUGGAGGAAGAACUUGGCUUCAACGACUUUCCUGGAAGUUCCUCUCGGAGUACGAUCAGUGCUAGUUCUGACCCAAAGCCCCAUCCUCAUCAUCUAUCCAUGGAUAUGAACCGACCUAUUACAAGAGCAAAUCUUGGGGAUGAUAUGGUAUGGUGUGGUCAUUGUGAUGGUGACUUGUUUGUGAUUUAAAUUCUAAUAAAAGAUCACUUCUCUCUUUCUUUCUUGAGCUUCUUGUUUCUGUGUCGAUGUAGUUUGAUCAUCUUUCCUAUGUUCUUCAAAGUCUCGUGAGAUGGAUCGCGGACCGGAUUACUUCUCAUCGAAAAAAAAAUGUACAAAAUUUCAAAAGUGAAUUUAGUCAAUCAGAUUCACACUAUUGUCUCUGUUCAUCUCGCAAAUCUUCAUCGGUUGUUUAUGAUAUGUCUCAAUAAUCUUCUUUUUCUUUUCUCUGUUUUGUUUGUUUUGCGUGUGUUUGUUAUGUGUGUAUAAAUUAUGGGGGAGGAGUUUUUUCAUUUUUGGUUGUUUAGAGAAUGGAUACUAUAAUAUAUUAGAGGAACUUCGGUUUUUUAUAUCUGUUUUUUUAUUCAACAGAUCGGACAUUCAAAUGAAUGCUUUGUCUAUGGAAUGAUUUACUGAUUGUCUGAGAGGGAAGCUGCAAGUUGGUAUUGCAUUAUUUUGUUGAAUGAUG